GAUGUACUUGUGCGGUCGCUUCGGGGACGGACUGACGGGGAACGUUCACCACGAGGAGGGAAAGAGAAAACACAGAAAAUCAUCAUAUAAAAUCUAUUAGAUUGUCAAAAUAACACAACAUCUGGACAGAUGAUGACUUAAACCAGGGGGGGGAUUCAAAUCACCAACAAUGGCCAAUACAGGUAGGUGCUGCGCCAGUCUGGAGCAGCCCAAGGCCCUGAUGAAGAUGGGCCUGAGUAUGGUGCUUGUAGGACACGUCAACUUCCUACUGGGGGCGCUAGUCCACGGGGCUGUGCUGCGACACAUCAACCUGAACACACGAGCCAACACCGUGGCGUACUCCAUAUCUAAUAUAAUGGCACUCACUACUGGAAUAGUGGGUGUUGUUGUAGGAAUGCUGGCCAUCCUCCUGUCUAAAAACAAGAAGAGCAGAGUGCUGACAUGGUCGUUGUUCGUGGUCAGCCUGUUUGGUAGUCUCCUGGCCACAGCGUCUGCGAUUGGCCUCACCGUUUCUGUGGUGAGGGUCACAGUUAAUGGUGGGCGGAGCCUCCUGACUCACUGCCGGUUCCCCAACGCUAUUGGCUGCGCCAGCAUCACUAACGAGUGCCCUUUCGACCACACACGCGUUUAUAGCAUGACACUGAUCCUGUGGGUUCCUCUGAUCGUGAUCUCUAUUGUCCAGCUGGUUUUGUCAGUGCGGUGUUUCUCUGUGUGUGUUUCUUUCCUGGGUCUACCCUGCUUCCCUCGCAAGAUCAGGCUCAGGGACCACGGUAGAACGAUAAACACAGUAGCAUCCGCAGAGCCGCCCUCUCUCACUAGCUCAGUACCCGGUCAUCCCCUUCAUCGACACCUUCUUCAGUCGGACCCGCCUCAUCUCAAGUCCCAGCGGCAGCCUCUUCCUCCUCCUCUUCAUCACUCGUGCCCGUCUCAUCUCAAGUCCCAGCGGCAGCUUCUUCCUCCUCCUCCUCCUCCUCCUCCUCUUCAUCACUCGAACCCGUCUCAUCUCAAGUCCCAGCGGCAGCCUCUUCGUCCUAAGCAUCAGAAUCAGAGAGGAAGUUCAGACAGGUGGUCUGACGGGGGGCAGCUGGUUCCCCAAGAGGAACAUGAGCUGCUGGAACAAGGUUUCUGGAUAUAAUGAUGAUGACGAUGAACACCCAGAAUCUCCCCCUCUUGCCUGCCCAAGCUGCAGCCUCAGGUGGAUCAGGACAAGAUUUAGCCACCUGAACAGCUUUCACAAGCGCUGCAGAGGCUGCUGUGCAGGGGAGGCACUACCUUCUUUGAAUGUGUGGGGUUACAAGUGCCUUUCCCAGCUGCUCCAGGAACACUCUCCUCCUGUUCUGCUUAUCAGGCAUCCAGGUGGGUUGAUCUUGUUCCAUAACAUGAAGGCAUUGUAUGAGGACACAUUAACAAUGUUAUGGAGGGUGACCAGGGGUCAGGGGGGGGGCAGUCAUCCUCCUGCAGCUGUAAGUUCUGGUUGUCGUCCAGGUUGUCCAGGCCUCCUUUGCUGUGGUUGUCGUCCAGGAUGAUGGCUGGCUUCCUGUCCUCACCAUCACCGAUCUCAGCCGUUUUGUGCAGUGUGCUCAGGAGGACCACAUUCUUGUUCCUCUUUGGGAGGUAAGAAACUAGAGUGGUGGUGAGGGUGAAGGCAAACUUUGAUGAGAAGGCCUCUUUCCCCUUUGUUUCGAGGAGUGCAGGGGGGAGCUCAGGUUCGUUCUUUCUAACCUGUUAAGCCGCCCCAUCCCGGAUCCGGGAUUGUGACUACAGCCUCAAGCUCAUUACCAUAACGCAACAUUAGCGAUUUCUGAAAAUUGCAAAAUAAAUUAAAUAAAUAUGCCUGUCCUCAAGCUUAUCCUUUUCUUAACAAUCCUGUCGUCUCAGAUUUUCAAAAUAUGCUUUAGAACCAGAGAAAAUCAAUAAUUUGUGUAAGAGUGGUGAUAGCUAGCGUAGCAUUUAGCGUUAGCAUUUAGCACGCAACAUUCACAAAAACCAGCAAAGGGAUCAAAUAAAAUAAUUUACCUUUGAAGAACUUCAGAUGUUUCAAUGAGGAGACUCUCAGUUACAUAGCAGAUGUCCAGUUUUUCCUGAAAGAUGCUUGUGUAGGACACAACGUUCCGUUUUGUUACUAUGCAUUUGGCUACCGAAACUAACCGAAAAUUCAGUCACCUAAACGUCGAACUUUUUUCCGAAUUAACUCCAUAAUAUCGACUGAAACAUGGAAAACGUUGUUUGAAUCAAUCCUCAAGGUGUUUGGUCAUAUAUCUCUUCAUUGAAAUGCCAGUCCUAGACACGUGCAUUCUUCUCUGAUUCGGAUGGAAAAAUACUGGGACCUGACUUUUGCGCACCAAUUUCCACGCAGACACCAUGCGGGACACUUGGUAAUUGUAGGCUCUUAUGGCCAAUCUUCCAAUGAUAUGCCUACAAAUACGUCACAAUGCUGCAGACACCUGGGGAAACGAUAGGAAGUGUCCGUUGAUUCCUGUGCCAUUCACAGCCAUAUAAGGAGAUCAUGGAAAACGUGCGUUCAAAAAUCCUGUUGAUUUCCUGGUCACUCAAACAUCUUGGUUUUGCCUGUAGAUUUUGUUCUAUGGCACUCACAGUGAAAAUCUUUGCAGUUCUGGAAACGUCAGAGUGUCUUCUUUCCAAAACUAUCAAUUCCAAGCAUAGUCGAGCAUCUUUUCGUGACAAAAUAUCGCGCUAAAAACGGGCACGUCUUUUUAUCCAAAAAUGAAAUACUGCCCCUAGAGUUCUAACAGGCUAACUAUGCCAACCAUGGUGAUAUUCCUCUUCAGCUACUGGCUGAGUUCAAUCAGUAGCACACAAUCUCAAUUUCUCAGUGUUUUUGUGUCUUUGUGGUUUUUGUGGUGUGUAAAUUAUUGUAUAACUGCCAGGUCAAAAAUGACCUUAAGACAACCUUUGUACCCUGAUGGUGUACAGCUUUAACGGAAAUAUGAACAAAGGCGAUCUUUCACUUUUUCUAAUGUUGUGGUCACUUUAGGAAAAGUCAUCAAAUAAUAAAAAAUAAUUUAAAAAUAAUUGCCCCUUUACACUCAAUACGUGGUUGUGCCACCUUUAGCUGCAGUGACUCCAACCAACCACUUCCUGUAGUUGUUGAUCAGUCCAUCUUUAGCUGCAAUGACUCCAAACAACCACUUCCUGUAGUUGAUCAGUCCACCUUUAGCUGCAAUGACUCCAACCAACCACUUCCUGUAGUUGAUCAGUCCACCUUUUGCUGCAAUGACUCCAACCAACCACUUCCUGUAGUUGAUCAGUCCACUUUUAGCUGCAAUGACUCCAACCAACCACUUCCUGUAGUUGAUCAGUCCACUUUUAGCUGCAAUGACUGCAAUCAGUCUCUCACGUCACUGUGGAGGAAUUCUGGCGCCCUCUUCCAUGCAUAACUGCUUUAACUCAGUGACAUUUGUGGGUUUUCAAGCAUGAACUGCUCAUUUCAAGUCCUGCCACAGCAUCUCAAUUGGGAUUAGGUCUGGACAUUUACUAGGCCAUUCCAAAUUUAUUGCGUUUUAGCCAUUUUCAUGUAGACUUGAUUGUGUGUUUUGGAUCAUUUUCUUACUGCAUGACCCAGCUGUGCUUCAGCUCACAAACAGAAGGCCUGACAUUCUCCUGUACAAUUCUCUGAUACAGAGCAGAAUUCAUGGUUCCUUCUAUUAAGGCAAGUCGUCCAGGUCCUGAGGCAGCAAAGCAUCUCCAAACCAUCACACUACCAACACCAUGCUGGACCCCAAACCAUCACACUACCACCACCAUGCUUGACCAUUGGUAUGAGGUUCUUACUGUGGAAUGCAGUGUUUUAGUGCAGUGUUCAUCAGACAUUGUGGGACCCAUGUCAUUAAAUGAAUAAGUAUAUUGUUGUUAUUCGUUCACUCAGGUUCCCUUUUAUCUAAUAUUAGGUUUUGGUUGAUGAUUUGAUUUACAUUCAGUAUCAAAAAUAUGCAAAAAUAGAGAAAAUCAUAAAACGGGGGGGCAAAUAUCUUUCCUUGUAGGUUUUCAGGGUGUCAUUAUGGGAUGGAUGCUGUCUGUCUCGCAGGACAUGGUUCUUUAACGUGGCUCUGUGGUUCUUGUGUAAACUACAUGGAGAUUUUGUGUGUGUUGUUCAAACGGUUAUGUGUCAUCCAGCAAUUGGAGUCCCCCACCCCAUUGGAG